AUGGCGAACCUCUCCGUCCUAAGGCCGACUCUGGCCUACAACGUGUGCUCCUCCCGCGCUUCGUCCGGCCGGCUCGUCGGCUCCCGCGCGUGGCGGAACGGUCUGGCAGCCGUAGCACCGGCAUCUGUCGUCGUCGCCGGCAAGUGGCAGUCCACCCACGCGCGAGCCCGCCGCCAGACGAAAGCUCUCGUCCCGGCCGUCUCGUACCGGCCUCUCCAGCUCAUCCGCCAUGCGUCGGUCGUCUCGGCGGGCUCCAGCGCCGGCCCCACGGCUACACCGGCCGCAACCUACGCAACAGUCGCAGAACCGCAGUCCGUCCCCUACGCGCAGCUCACCGUCGGCGUGCCAAAGGAAAUCUACCUCAACGAGCGCCGCGUCGCACUGACCCCGCAAAACGUGGCGCUCCUCCUCAAAAAGGGCUUCGCAAAGGUCCUCGUCGAGCGCGGCGCCGGCGCCUCCGCCGAUUUCCCAGACGAGGCCUACGACCGCGCCGGCGCGACGCUCGUCGACCACCCACAACAG